AGUUCNGAGACAAUUAAUUUUGAUUCCAAUCAAACAAAUAUUGAUUUAAAUGUCAACACUUUGAAUGGCAACGAAGAGUCUGAAAGUAAAGGAUUGGUUCGGAGGCCGUCGACUACCAAAAAGAAGAUACCAGUGAAUCGAGAGUUCUUUAAAAGCGACGAAUUUAAUGAUAAGGAGAGUAAUGGCGGCCCAUCGGAUACGAUUGCAGAGCUAACAGCGCGCCAAGAGUUGGAUGAAACGAGAGGCUGGAGGGAGUCGUGUCCUAUUGGACCCGAAGGUGACGUUAAAGUAAUUGAUAUGAAAGUUAUCGAUCCGUACAAAAAAGUCAUAUCACACGGUGGAUACUUUCACUCGACUAUUGGGAACAGUCAUCAGUCAGGUUCGAGUCCUGCGAUUAUAGUGUUCUCUGCCUGUUAUCUGCCCGACCGCUCACGAAAAGACUACAAUUAUGUUAUGGACCACCUAUUCAUGUAUGUGUUGACGACUCUCCAUAACCUGAUUGCCGACGACUAUAUCCUCAUAUACUUCCAUAACGCCGGGGUCUCCACUCUCGGCAAUAAUAUGCCUACAUUUGGAUGGCUUAAGCGAUGCUAUUAUAUGAUGGACAGGAAACUGAAGAAGAAUUUGAAAGGACUUUAUUUAGUUCACCCGACCUUCUGGUUGAAGACUCUGAUAAUUAUGAGCAAACCAUUCAUCAGGUAUUCCUNGUUGAAGACUCUGAUAAUUAUGAGCAAACCAUUCAUCAGUUCGAAGUUUUCGAAGAAACUUAAAUUCGUGGCAAGUUUAGCCGAAUUGAGUGCUCUCUUACCUAUAGAGCACAUCGCUAUUCCAGAUGCCGUCAAAAUGUAA